UUAUCACUUAAUUUUGAUGCAUUUGAGAGAUUUCGUCUUUAGAAAAACAUAUAUACACACACAAGUCCCUAACAAGUAACAACAAUGGGGAUCAACAUCCAAUUAGGUCAUUUGAUUGUUGGUUUUAUCAUAUUUGAUUGUUUGUUUAAACCCAUAUUGGCAGAAGCUGAUGACCAAAACCCAAAGGUACACAUAGUUUACUUGGGAGAAAAGCCACAUCAUGAUACUAAAUUCACUAUCGAUUCUCACCAUCAAUUAUUAUCUACUAUAUUGGGAAGCAAGGAGAAAUCAAUGGAAGCAAUGGUGUACAGUUAUAAACAUGGCUUUUCUGGAUUUGCAGCCAAGCUCACUAAAUCUCAAGCUCAAAAGCUAUCUGAAAUGUCGAGGGUGGUUCGAGUUGUCCCGAGUUCGCUUUACAAAGUGCAUACUACAAGAAGUUGGGAUUUUCUGGGGCUGUCUUCUUCUCCAUUUGAGUCCUCAAACCUUCUUCAUCGUGCUCAAAUGGGUGAAAAUGUCAUUAUAGGUGUUAUUGAUACAGGAAUCUGGCCGGAGUCGGAGUCGUUCAAAGACAAAGGAGUAGGGUCUAUACCAUCACGUUGGAAAGGAACAUGCGAAUCAGGAGAACAAUUCAACUCCACAAACUGCAACAAAAAAAUCAUAGGAGCGCGUUGGUUCAUGAAGGGGUUCGUUGCAGACUUAGGUCGAGAUGCGCUAGCCAAGGAAUACUUAUCACCACGAGACCUAAAUGGACAUGGAACUCACACAGCCAGCAUAGCAGCAGGCUCAUUUGUAGCAAACAUCAAUUACCACAACAACGCUGCCGGCACAGUGAGAGGUGGUGCACCACUCGCACGGUUAGCCAUAUACAAAGCACUAUGGACGAAGGACGCCGUAGGGUCGACGGCGGACAUAUUGAAAGCGAUAGAUGAGGCUAUAAAUGAUGGUGUGGAUGUGUUGUCUAUGUCGAUUGGAAGCUUAACUCCUUUCCUUCCAGAGUUCAAUGAAGCAAAUGAUAUUGCAUUUGGGUCAUUUCAUGCUAUUGCAAAGGGGAUUUCUGUUGUAUGUGCGGCUGGAAAUAGUGGGCCUACUCCACAAACGGUGGAGAAUGUUGCACCUUGGAUUUUCACUGUGGCUGCCAAUACUAUAGACAGAGCCUUUCUUGCAUCCAUUACAACACUACCAGAUAACACCACUUUCUUGGGCCAAAGCUUAUUGGAUUCGAAAAAGGACCUUGUUGCCGAGUUGGAGACUCUGGAUACGGGAAGAUGUGAUGAUCUUUUGGGAAAUGAAACUUUCAUAAAUGGAAAGGUGGUUAUGUGUUUUUCAAAUUUAGCUGAUCAUAACACUAUAUACGAUGCGGCGAUGGCGGUGGCCCGAGCAAAUGGAACAGGAAUUAUUGUCGCCGGCCAACAAGAUGAUGAUUUGUUUUCUUGUAUACCCUCUCCAAUUCCAUGUAUCCUAGUUGAUACCGACGUUGGCUCAAAAUUAUUCUUCAUCAACCUCUUGCAAAAUAGUACUAAUCCAGUGGUAAGGUUGAGGGCCACAAGAACUAUCAUCGGUAAGCCCAUAACACCAGCUAUUUCCUAUUUCUCAUCAAGAGGUCCAAAUUCGGUUUCCAAUCCUAUUCUUAAGCCUGACAUAUCGGCUCCUGGAUCUAACAUUCUAGCUGCCGUUUCACCCCACCACAUUUUCAACGAGAAAGGGUUUAUGCUCUUGUCAGGAACUUCUAUGGCCACACCUCAUAUUUCAGCUAUCGUCGCUCUUCUUAAAUCUGUGCACCCUACGUGGUCACCCGCCGCCAUUAAAUCAGCUCUCAUGACAACCGCACGGACAGAGGUCUCUCCAGGACUACCUAUUUUCGCAGAAGGAACUCCUCCAAAAAUGGCAGACCCAUUUGACUACGGCGGUGGAAUCGUGGACGCAAACGCCGCAGUCGACCCAGGUCUUGUCUAUGAUAUGGGUAGAAAAGAUUACAUAGAUUAUUACCUUUGUGGCAUGGGGUAUAAGGACGAGGAUAUUUCUCAUCUAACACAGAGGAAAACAGUGUGUCCAUUGCAAAGGUUGUCUGUGUUGGAUUUGAAUUUGCCGGCCAUUACAAUUCCUUCACUUGUAAACUCCACCAUUGUGACUCGGACAGUGACUAAUGUUGGGAACUUGAGCUGUGUUUAUAAGGCAGAGAUUGAGUCUCCUUUUGGUUGCAAGGUUAGUGUGAACCCUCAAGUGUUGGUGUUUAACUCUCAAGUGAAGAAGAUUUCAUUUAAGGUUAUGUUUUUCACUCAAGUUCAAAGGAACUAUGGCUACUCUUUUGGUAGGUUAACAUGGACUGAUGGUAUUCAUGUUGUUAAAAUUCCUUUGUCUGUGAGAUUUGGUUUCUUUUGAUCUCUUGUGUGUAAUCAAAGGAAUGAUGCAUUUUAUAUAAUAAAUAAAAAAAUUGUUAGUGUUUGAAUAAA